GUUAUACGGAUCUGGCUACUUUUUACAUUAUGAGGGUGUAAGAGUGAGCGCCAUUUACUAUAUAUAAAGUCCACAGAGCCAAUACCGGAUCAGAUCCUCACAUACUCCUCUGUUCCUGCUCUGCUUCCACUCUCUCUGAUCUCCUUCUCUCUCUCACAUCCCAAACGUGAGAAAUGGGUGACGCGGCUGAGCAUUGGCUUCAUGGGACUCUUCAUGCUACGAUCUAUGAGGUUGAUAAGCUACACGGUAGUAGUGGGAAUUUCCUCCGGAAGAUUACUGGAAAACUUGAAGAGACUGUUGGUCUCGGCAAAGGAGUUAGCAAACUCUAUGCAACCGUUGAUCUGGAAAGAGCUAGGGUUGGUCGGACCAGAGUUAUAGAAAAAGAACCCUCUAAUCCCAAGUGGUUUGAGUCUUUCCACAUUUAUUGUGCCCAUGUUGCUGCAAAUGUUAUAUUCACAGUCAAGGAGUCUAAUCCUAUUGGAGCAUCAUUAAUUGGAAGAGCGUAUGUACCUGUUGAACAACUUAUUGAAGGGGAAGAAGUGGAUACAUGGGCUGAAAUUUUGGAUGACAAAAAAAAACCUGUUCAUGGGGAGCCCAAGAUACAUGUGAAACUACAAUUUUUUCAUGUUUCAAAGGACCGCAGUUGGGGUCAAGGUAUUAAGAGUCCUAAAUUUCCUGGAGUUCCAUUUACAUUUUUCUCUCAGAGACAAGGAUGUAGGGUUUCACUGUUCCAAGAUGCUCAUGUCCCGGAUAAAUUUAUUCCUAAAAUUCCUCUUGCUGGAGGGAAGUAUUAUGAGCCGCACAGAUGUUGGGAAGAUAUCUUUGAUGCAAUCACUAAUGCAAAACACCUGAUCUACAUUACUGGGUGGUCAGUUUAUACUGAAAUUUCAUUAAUAAGGGACUCAAGGAGGCCAAAAUCAGGUGGAGAUAUCACUAUUGGUGAGUUACUUAAAAAGAAAGCAAGUGAAGGUGUCCGUGUUCUUAUGCUUGUUUGGGAUGAUAGGACCUCGGUUGGUUUAUUAAAAAAAGAUGGACUGAUGGCCACCCAUGAUGAGGAAACUGCACAGUUUUUCCAGAACACUGACGUCAACUGUGUCUUAUGCCCUCGUAAUCCCGAUGGUGGUGGAAGCAUUGUUCAGGGGGCACAAAUCUCUACCAUGUUCACUCAUCAUCAGAAGAUUGUGGUUGUCGAUAGUGAAAUGCCAAAUGGAGGAUCACAGAGUAGAAGAAUUGUGAGUUUUGUUGGGGGUCUUGAUCUGUGUGAUGGAAGAUACGAUACCCCAUUCCAUUCACUUUUCAGGACAUUGGAUACUGCACAUCAUGAUGAUUUCCAUCAGCCAAAUUUUACUGGUGCAUCGAUUACCAAAGGUGGGCCAAGAGAACCUUGGCAUGAUAUUCACUCUCGGCUGGAAGGGCCUAUUGCUUGGGAUGUGUUGUUUAACUUUGAGCAGAGAUGGAGAAAGCAAGGUGGUAAAGAUGUACUUGUUCAGCUCAGAGAGCUUGAGAAUGUCAUUAUUCCACCAUCUCCUGUUAUGUUCCCAGAUGACCAUGAGACAUGGAAUGUACAGUUAUUCAGAUCAAUUGAUGGAGGAGCUGCUUUUGGCUUCCCGGAUACGCCUGAAGAUGCAGCCAGAGCUGGGCUUGUUAGUGGGAAGGAUAACAUCAUUGAUCGAAGCAUUCAGGAUGCUUAUAUCCAUGCUAUUCGCCGGGCAAAGAACUUCAUAUAUAUUGAAAAUCAAUAUUUUCUUGGUAGCUCUUUUGCCUGGGCAGCUGAUGGUAUAAAACCUGAAGACAUUGGUGCUUCGCAUGUAAUUCCUAGGGAGCUUUCGCUUAAGAUUGCUGACAAGAUAGAGAAUGGGGAGAGGUUUACUGUCUAUGUCGUUGUACCAAUGUGGCCAGAGGGAAUCCCAGAGUCCGCAUCAGUCCAGGCCAUAUUAGAUUGGCAGAGGAGGACAAUGGAAAUGAUGUACAAAGAUAUUAAGGAGGCACUUGAUAAACAUGGUGUUGAGGAGGAUCCAAGGAACUAUUUGACAUUUUUCUGCCUUGGAAAUCGGGAGGUGAAGAAGGACGGAGAAUAUGAACCCUCUGAGGCACCUGAGGCAGAUUCAGAUUAUAUUAGAGCUCAGGAAGCCCGGCGCUUCAUGAUUUAUGUUCACACCAAAAUGAUGAUAGUCGAUGAUGAAUACAUCAUCAUUGGAUCUGCCAACAUCAAUCAGAGAUCAAUGGAUGGUGCCAGGGACUCUGAAAUAGCCAUGGGAGCCUACCAACCACAUCAUCUAUCAGUCAGGGAGCCAGCACGUGGCCAGAUCCAUGGUUUCCGUAUGGCAUUGUGGUACGAGCACCUUGGCAUGCUGGAUGAGACCUUCCUCCAGCCAGAAAGCGUUGAAUGUAUCAAAAAGGUCAACCAGAUUGCUGACAAAUACUGGGACCUCUAUUCAAGUGAAACACUGGAACAUGAUUUGCCGGGUCACCUGCUUCGCUAUCCUGUUGGAGUUACCAGUGAAGGAGAAGUCACAGAGUUGCCAGGAUUCGAAUUCUUCCCUGACACCAAGGCUCGAGUGCUAGGUGCCAGAUCCGACUACCUUCCUCCCAUCCUUACUACUUGAAGAGUGUUCUUUUCUUUUCUUUCCCCCUUCUCAGUUUGGGUUUGUCAAAGUAAGAACAUGCUACAUUGCCUUUUCUUUUUAUUGUUUCGCAAUAGUAGAUUAAUAAAUCUAUGUGUGUUACAACCUGCAGAGACGUUAUCUAUAGCAGGAUGUUCAUAGCAGGUUUAGUAGUGAUGUAUGAUGUGAUAUUAGCUACUCACUUUUGUGCCAUGCUUGCUUUAGUGUAUUUCCUCUUAUUUGUUUUCUUCUUCUUC